ACGUUGUACAAAUGAUUUAUAGUGCUUCAUGCUGGACGCACAUACAACGGGAUCAUCGUACUUUGAUGAACUGCGUCGUCGUCUUCUCUCGUCAACCACGUCGUCGUCGUCUUGUCAACCACGGGUGUUGUGAUAUUUAGUGUCAUUAUUAUCGCUUUAACGAAGUUUUUCUGCCCAUGCUUUUCGAUAAACCCGCUUCCUCAGCGCUCCCGCUGCUCUUUCGAUAAAGAUGCCGCGCUGGCGAUAACGGUCACCGAGGCGUCUUGUUUUCACCGGUACGCAGAGUUGGUGAUCGGUCGCCCGUCUGGCUUAAACAGUAUUUCCUUGAGCCAGCGCGUCUCUUUCUCGAGAGGGGCGGCUGGCCGCAGUGCAGACGCAGCUGGCAAUGCCUUGUUGAGCCUCCUUCAAGAAAGGCGCCUUCUAGGAGUGCGUGCUCACCUAAGACUGCGAUUAGAUAAGCCGCCUUAUCGAGCCGACGGCCCAACCGCCCGGAGCGCCGGGCAGCACCUUUCCGGGCGUCGGCUGGAAUUUGUGCCGGCGAACAGACUAUACACCAACCACGUUGAGCUAUAGGCCGCGGCGGUUUGCUAGCAGCCGUAGGAUUGGCGCGGCGCGCUCUCGCAAGCGGGUGCAAAGUACACGCGCGCGCAAGUCGGAACGACGCGGCGUACAGCGCACGCAGACGCGUAACGUAAGACGCCAGAGAAGUCCCUCCCGCAGUCCAGUCCUCAGCGGUGGUGGUGGGGCCGCCGCCUCUUCUCUCAGGUGUCGGCCGUCGUGUAAACAGUGGUUCUCCGCGCACCGCGUGACCGAAUUGCAGAUGAUGGCGAGACGGCGAAGGAUUCUGCUCAGCGGCCGACCGAGCGAGCUGGUUCCCUGCUUCGGCCUCCUGACGCGGAGGCCCUCCAGGUCGUAGUACCACGCUGUUCCUCCCGGAGGACGCCGGAGCCAGAGGACACAUCGCCGCCUGGUCCACCGAGUGCCGCGCAGCAUCCCAAUACUCAGCGCUCCCAAGCUAAGCGGAGCAACGGUAGUGAUAACAACGUGCCAACGGUGUGACUCAGCAGACGCGUCUGCUACGGGUAUCGCCAGAUUAUAUACUCAAGCUCCGAGAAGAACAGUCAUCCCGAUUGCCCUGGCUCUGACCGUCGUCUACACUCUAGUUGUGCGAACGUGAGUGAUUCGCGAUUGUUUUAUUGUACGCAAUUUAAAGCGUACUACGCGGCAGCCAGAGGAGGCUGUCAAACAGUUCCUGUUGUGAGACAAAAGUGCUGUUCGCCGAAGGUGAUGCGGACGGUGGCGGUCGGCAACGUCGAGUCGCCAUGACCGUGAGGACUCAGCUCGUCGUGGUCUUUCUUCUAGUCAGUUUCGGACUUCUGGUGGCUGCCGGUCAGUCCAAAAAGAAUGGCCAGGUCAAGAAAGGGAAAAUCUGCAUCGGCACAAAUGGCCGAAUGUCGGUUCCAUCGAACCGAGAGCAUCACUACCAGAACCUCAGGGACCGCUACACAAAUUGUACAUACGUGGACGGGAACCUGGAGUUGACAUGGCUACAGAACAAGAGCCUGGACCUGAGCUUCCUGCGCGACAUCCGCGAGGUGACGGGCUACGUGCUCAUCUCGCACGUGGACGUGCAGCGCAUCCUGCUGCCGAGCCUGAUGAUCAUCCGGGGCCGCAGCUUGUUCAAGCUGAACGUGCACGACGAGGAAUUCGCGCUCAUCGUGACGCUGUCCAAGAUGGAGAACCUCGAGCUGCCGGCGCUGCGCGACAUCCUGCGCGGCAACGUGGGCUUCUUCAACAACUACAACCUGUGCCACGUGCGCCACAUCCAGUGGGACGAGAUCCUGUCCGGCCCGCCGGCGCACAUGGUCUACGUGUACAACUUCACGCAGCCCGAGCGCAGCUGCCCGCCGUGCGACGCAUCGUGCCGCGGCGGCCACUGCUGGGGCGAAGGGCCGCACAACUGCCAGAAGUUCUCCAAGGUGAACUGCUCGCCGCAGUGCCACCAGGGCCGCUGCUUCGGGCCGGAGCCGCGAGAGUGCUGCCACCUGUUCUGCGCCGGCGGCUGCGUGGGUCCCAAGCAGAGCGACUGCCUGGCCUGCCAGAACUUCUACGACGACGGCGUUUGCAAGCAGGAGUGCCCGCCCAUGAUGCGCUACAACCCGAACACCUACUCGUGGGACUACAACCCGGACGGCAAGUACGCCUACGGCGCCACCUGCGUCAAGGACUGCCCCGAGCACCUGCUGCGCGACAACGGCGCCUGCGUCCGCAACUGCCCGCCCAACAAGAAGGCGCAGCAGGGCGAGUGCGUGCCCUGCGACGGACCCUGCCCAAAGAACUGCCAAGGGGUGAGCGUCGUCAACUCAAUCAACAUCGAGGACUUCCGCGGCUGCACUAUAAUCGAAGGUUCCCUUACCAUCCUGGACUCGACGUUCAACGGCUUUCAGGAAGUUUACGCCGAUUUCUCGUUCGGUCCGCGCUACGACAAGAUGGACCCGAGCAAAUUGGAAGUGUUCAGCACGCUCAAGGAAGUCACUGGCUACGUCAACAUCCAGGCUUCACAUCCCAACUUCACGUCGCUGUCAUACUUUCGCAAUCUAGAAGUCAUCGGUGGUCGGACGCUGACCGAGUAUUUCGCUGCCUUGUACAUCGUGAAGAGUUCGCUGAAGUCGCUCAACCUGCGGAGCCUGAAAAAGAUUCGCUCGGGCAGCAUUGCCAUCCUGGAGAACAAGGACCUGUGCUUCGCCGACAGCGUCGAUUGGUACCAGGUCCUGAAGUCCAACGCCCACAACGUGCUGCUUCAGCGGAAUGCCGACAAGGCCGAUUGCGAGGCACAAAAGCUUAUAUGCCACCCGCAGUGCUCUUCAAGUGGUUGCUGGGGCCCAGCACCGAAUGAAUGCCUUUCCUGCAAAUCAUACCGUCUAGAAGACACCUGCAUCGACAAGUGUGAUACACCCAAUAGCAUCUACGAUGAUGGGAACUUUGUGUGCAAGCACUGCCACGAAGAAUGUCUCGGCGAAUGUUCUGGCCCUGGACCUGGUAACUGCAGCAAGUGUCGACAUGUUCGUGAUGGGCCCUACUGUGUCAAGGAGUGCCCUGAAUCAAAGUACAACCAGUCAGGCUUCUGUAUGCCCUGCCAUGAAAAUUGCGUUGGGGGGUGCACUGGACCGAACAACACUGUUGGACCGGAUGCUUGCAACUCUUGUGAGAAGGCAAUUGUCAGUGCUUACGACCCCAAUGUCGUGGAGCAGUGUCUGAAAGCAGAUGAAGCCUGUCCAGAUGGAUUCUACCAUGAGUACUUUGGUCCACAGGAGGAAGGAGCUCUCAAGUCCUUGACUGGAAAAUCGGUCUGUCGCAAGUGUCACCAGCGUUGCAAGAACUGCACAUCUUACUCCAUACACGUCUCGGUCUGUGAGUGUCUGCACUACAGCAGUGGAGAGCAGUGCGAAGAUCGUUGCCAAAGAGAUCACUUUCCUGACGAGGCCAAUCGGCGGUGCCUGCGGUGUCAUGAUGAGUGUCGAGGAUGUUACGGACCCACGGCAGCCCACUGCACCAAUUGUCGCAACUUCCGCAUCUAUGACUCUGAAAACCGCACUCAGUUCAACUGCACUGCCACCUGUCCUCCUGAGAAGCCAUUCAAGGUGUUCGAUGACACCACAACCAAGGACCCACACUGCUCUGAUGAAGAUCCCAACCAGAUGGCUCUGCAUGGCAGGACGGAGGAAGACCACCUGCCUGCAAUCCUUGCCAGUGCCGGGGGCUGCAUCCUGCUGCUGGGUAUCUUUCUGGCUGUGUUCAGCUACCACUGGUUCCAGCGAGCCAAAACGAAGGAGAACACUGUCAAAAUGACCAUGCGCAUGAGCGGUUUUGAAGACAACGAGCCUCUGAAGCCAACAGAUAUCAAGCCCAAUCUUGCCCAGCUAAGAAUUGUCAAGGAAGCCGAACUUCGCAAAGGCGGAAUCCUUGGCUACGGAGCCUUUGGUACGGUCUACAAGGGUGUCUGGGUGCCCGAGGGUGAAAAUGUGAGGAUUCCUGUCGCCAUCAAGGUUCUUCGUGAGGACACAGCACCAAACACGAACAAGGAGUUUUUGGAAGAGGCGUACAUAAUGGCAAGUGUGGACCACCCCAAUGUUCUCAAGCUGCUGGCGGUUUGCCUGACAUCACAGCUGAUGCUGGUUACACAGCUGAUGCCCCUUGGCUGCCUCCUUGACUAUGUUCGCAACAACCGGGACAAGAUUGGCUCCAAACCACUGCUGAAUUGGUGCACCCAGAUUGCUCGGGGUAUGGCCUACCUGGAGGAAAAGCGCAUGGUUCAUCGUGACCUUGCCCUAAGAAAUGUCCUGCUUCAAACACCCGGCUGUGUGAAGAUCACCGAUUUCGGUUUGGCUAAGCUGCUUGACAACAAUGAAUUUGAGUACAAAGCAGCCGGCGGCAAGAUGCCAAUCAAAUGGCUGGCGUUAGAGUGCAUCCAACACCGCAUCUUCACACACAAGAGUGAUGUCUGGGCAUUCGGUGUGACUGUAUGGGAGCUACUGACAUACGGUAUGCGACCUUAUGAAAAUGUUUCUGCGCGAGAUGUACCUGACCUGCUCGAGAAGGGAGAGAGGCUCAACCAGCCAUCAAUUUGCACUAUUGAUGUCUACAUGAUCAUGAUCAAGUGCUGGAUGCUUGACGCUGGUUCACGUCCCUCCUUCAAAGAGCUGGCCGAAGAGUUUGCCAAAAUGGCUGCUGAUCCAGGGCGUUAUCUGGUCGUUCCUGGUGACAAGUUGAUGCGGCUACCCAGCUACACUCCGCAGGACGAGAAGGAGCUUAUCCGGAACCUGAGCAUGCCCAUGGAAGGCUCGGAGGUCAUCAUGGAUGCUGAGGAGUACCUGCAGCCCAGAGCUCAGCCCAGCAUGCUCUUAGGUGCUGACCAGGCUCCGCCACCUACACCAAUCAAGAAAUUCAUGGAUGAUCGUGGGUUCGAGGAGGAUCCCUCUGUUGGAGUUCCAAACCCGGCCGAGUUCUUCCCUGCCAACAUGGUUCCCCAUCCUGACAUGAAUGGGGGCUGCCACGCCAAUGGUAUGAACCCUCGCGGCCGAGAGAACAGCCUCAACCAACGCUACUGCUCUGACCCGCUAAAGCUCCUUGGAAAAGAUGCCGAGGAAGGAGACGACGAUGCCUUCAUGCACAAUGCGGCAACGCUUCCCAAGGGAUCCAAACCAAGUGACAUGCGCAUGUCCCUACCGGUGGAUGAGGAUGACUACCUGAUGCCUUCACCCCGAUCCAAGGGCCUCUCCACUACUUACAUGGACUUGAUCGGGGACAGUCGCUACUCAAAUGGUGUUGAUGGCCUUGACCCCCGUCUUCAGGCCUACGGAGGCUUCAUGCCAGACUUCGUUCCUCCCAACGGCCAGGGGCCGCUGCAGGGUGUUGACAACAUUGAGUACCACCUCAUGAAUCGCAACGGGCCUGCACAUCCAGUGGCAAUGCAAAUACCCCGUGACCCGGGUCCCCAGUACGUGAACACCUGCCCCCUGGGUUCUCCAAACACGGUGGUGCCCCCUCAGGGGCCCGGAGUGGUGACCCGCAAACAGCACAGCUCCGACGAGGACACUGAUGACCACGAGUAUUACAACGACUACGACCGACUCAAGCGGGAACUGCAGCCGCUCAACCAUCGUAGCCGGAGUGAAACAACGGUCUAGUGACAGUGCUCCAAGCUGUGCGUGUGACAGAAACUUGUCGCUUCGGUCAUCUCCAGUUGUAGUGAUAGGCAGGCUUUGGAAAAGCUACUGUGUCUCCUUCGUGGUGAGAAGGCAGACUCGGUCAAGUCAAGCUGUCUCUGCUGGUAUGGCAUGUAGACAACAACCAAAGUGUGUGUGCAGGGGGCAGCUGAGAGUUGAAAUGUGGCUUCUUCAUUACUCAUUUUACUCCUCUUAAACGAUCAAGGGUGCAGCCAAAAUUCUGAGCAUAUUAGAAAUUUUUUCAGUACAAUGUGGAUCAAGACACUGAAUUUUGUCAUGUCUCAUGUGAAUAGGCAUUGCAAUCUGGUUUGAAUUAUCAUUUAACUGUUGAUAUAGAUAUGGUCAUGAAAAAAAAUUUCGGAUCUUGGCCAGGUCAUUAUCUUUGACAGAAAGCUCACAAAGAAAUGGAAGCGAGAAAAAAAAUUGACUCUAAGUCCACUUACCAAAGCACUAUGACAGUCAGCACAUGAUGGCAGAGAGAAAGCUUUCCCGUUCAUCUUGGAAAGAAAAGUCUUUCUGGGACUGCAGCUGUCAGCAGAACACACAAAAAUCUUCAUGCAAAGCAUCGAGUGAUCUCAGUCGUGUCUCCUGACAAAAGGCUUUUCGUUUGAAAGCAGCCAGCAGUGUGCAACAAGGAACUCUGCAUCCGAGUGAAAGUCUUGCAUUUGUUUCGACGCUAGCACCUUCAAUUGCCGUCUGCUUCUGGUCACUUCAAGUCGCCUCGCCAAGGUUUCAACAGUGAACGCAGACUGUGACCAGUGUUGACUGUGGGUUAUAACCGAGGACUCUGGAGAGGCAAACGAAGACGCGUCACCGUGGGACCAGUUAUCACUUCCAGGAACUUGAUAUCUCCCAUGUGCUAUUUAUUUUCGUGGAACACAAACAAGACUGUGAAAAUGGAGUUAGUUGUCUUCAUUGAGGACUGUGCUUCCUUUUAAAAAGGUCACUAAAGUUUCGUGCAGUUUGAUGUAAAUAGUAUACAUAACUCUCCCGUUUCUUUCUUCUGUUUUUUUUUUUUUUUCUUUAAGUGCAUACUUUUUUAUGUGAGCUGUGCCCAAAACAUUGCCACUGUAGUCCUUUCCUUGUCCUUUAUUUUUGUGCAUCAACUUGCCACAUUGUGCUACUAAGAAGUGCUGUUUGUUGUGCGUACUGCCAUCCUGAAAUUAUUUAGCUGUCUUUCUCGUUCCUUGUGGCUUGAUUAGCACAUUGAUGUCUUCCGUGCCUAACGACAUCAGCGGGUGCAUGUAAUGCAUAAGCUUUCAGUAUUACAACUCAUCCGAGUGCCAUAAGACAUUGCUAUCACUUCACUAACUCGUGCAACAACAAUUGGUUGACUCAUUGAUUACCUAUUGACAUGACGGUUGUUUUGUACAUGUUGUCAAGCUUUUAUGAACAUAUUUUUAGCAAGGCUUGAGGAAAGCCUGCACUUACAAGUCCUUUAAACAUCAGUGCAUAAGAUGCAUGUGUGUGCAAAGAUUGGGCUGUUUAUUGUCAAAUUGUGAAUGAUGUCCUUGCACCAUUGAAACCUGCAGCAGGGUUUGGUUUUGAUUUCCUUUCUCCUCUCAUGGGGCCUACCUGGUGAUUUCUACUCAAGCAGCUAAAGAGCUUGCUUGAAUCACUCCACUGGUUGUGAACGUUUGUAAAGAGUGCAUUCUAAGAAUGGUUGAAUGCAGAGGAUGACUCAUUUUUAAACCUUUGAAUUUCAGUGAACACAGUCAUGCCAUGUUUAAAAAAAAAAUUUAAUGAUGGGGAAUUGUGCGUUCUAUUUUUUUUUACACAUGUCUUUAAAUCUUCUGUUUUGUUGCAUGUGAUGCAGUAAUUGUUGCCAGAGCUUUACGAGUAAUGAUUCCUGCAAGCAAAGGAGCAAAAAUGUUGCUUCGAGACUUUUUUUUUUUUUCUGUAUUGCGCCAUUCCAAGUAAAGUAUGAUAAAAUCAUAAAAUUUGUAGAAGGGACCAAAACGAAAUAUUUUUGCAUAGGAACCCUGUGAAAAACACAAGGUUUUUUACAUUUGCAGCCUACAAUGUCACUCUUUCCUUUGAGGUGUGAACUACUCAUUGUAGCCUAAGACUCGUGUUUAACACUGCCUCAUGAUCAUUGUAACAGUGUUUGGCUUUCCACAAUGCUACAAUGUUUACCUGUAUAUACGUACAUUUUAAGACUUCUCAACUGGCUUCUACUGGAAAGCUCUGACGAAUAAGCUCACCUCAUUAGGCUCAGCUAGCUGCAUGUGACUGCAUGUUAUGUAUGUAUUGUACAAAGUGUGUUUUACCAAUGCCUGUUGACUUCACAGGUAUUCCAUUUCAAGUUUUACAUAGUCCUGUUAGGAGCAGUCAAGGGCGCACAUCUAAUGUGACUGCUCCCAAUGUGGGGUACCUCUGCAGAAGAGAGUGGAAAUUUUUAAAGAUGAGAGAUGUAUUUGCUAUAUGGUACAUUAAUAAAAUUACUUGUCCCAAAAAAAAA